GAGUGGAGUAAAAGGCACUAAAGGUUCUGGGGCCAAUAACCUCAAACUGGGGAUCUACUGGAACGGAGCCGCUGUUUGCUCACGAUAAUGAGACUUUCUAAAGCUCUGAUAGACAUGGAUAUGGCAGACUAUACUGAAGCGUUGGAUCCAGCUUACACCACUUUGGAGUUUGAAAAUAUGCAAGUGCUGUCUAUUGGGAAUGAUACUUCACCUUCAGACGUGACAAAUCUCAAUGCUUCAAACAGUAUCGGCCUUAACUCUUUGUGUGCAAUUUGUGGAGACCGUGCUACAGGAAAACACUAUGGAGCUUCCAGUUGUGAUGGGUGCAAAGGCUUCUUCAGAAGAAGUGUUAGAAAGAAUCACAUGUAUUCUUGCAGGUUUAGCAGGCAAUGUGUUGUUGAUAAAGAUAAAAGGAACCAGUGUCGUUACUGCAGACUGAAGAAGUGCUUCCGAGCAGGAAUGAAAAAAGAAGCUGUCCAGAAUGAAAGAGACAGAAUAAGUACAAGAAGAUCAAGCUAUGAAGAUAGCAGUUUACCAUCCAUCAAUGUAUUAAUUCAAGCUGAAGUCCUAUCACAACAGAUAACCUCAUCCGUGUUGGUGUUAAAUUCAGACAUAAGAGGGAAGAAAAUUGCAAAUAUCACAGAUAUAUGUGACUCGAUGAAACAGCAGCUACUGGUUUUAGUUGAAUGGGCCAAAUAUAUUCCAGCAUUCUGUGAGCUUCCUCUAGAUGACCAGGUGGCUUUACUGAGAGCACAUGCAGGAGAGCACUUACUUCUUGGGGUUGCUAAGCGGUCGAUGAUUUACAAAGACAUUUUACUUCUAGGAAAUGAUCGUGUAGUUCCAAGAAACUGCCCAGAACUUGAAGUGGGUCGAGUAGCGAUUAGGAUAUUAGAUGAAUUGGUUGUUCCCUUUCAAGAGCUUCAGAUUGAUGACCAUGAAUAUGCAUGUUUGAAAGCAAUAAUAUUUUUUGACCCAGAUGCCAAAGGAUUAAGUGAUCCCAGCAAAAUCAAGAGGAUGAGGUACCAGGUGCAGGUUAGCCUGGAAGAUUACAUCAAUGACAGACAAUAUGAUUCUAGAGGAAGGUUUGGGGAACUUCUCCUUCUGCUGCCCACCUUACAGGGCAUUACCUGGCAGCUGAUUGAGCAAAUCCAAUUUGUCAAACUCUGAAUGGCCAAAAUUGACAACUUGCUACAAGAGAUGCUUCUUGGAGGUCAGUUCACAAAUGAAGCCCCUCAUGCUCAUCACUCUCUGCACCCUCAUUUGGUUCAGGAAAAUCUAGCAACAAAUGUUAUUGUUGCCAACAACACUUUGCCAAACCAGCUUCACAAUGGACAAAAUGUGUAAGCAUCUACACCAGAGACUCCUCAGCCAUCUCCACCAGCAAGUUCUGGCACAGAGCAUUAUAAAAUUGUACAUGGGGCCAUUUCUGCUAUAUCUAAACAUCCAACAUCUAUUCCUCAACCAACCAUCACCAAGCAGGAAGCUAUGUGAAUGAAAAGGGCAUAGAUUAACCCUGCUGCUGUGUUACAGGAAAUAAAAGGACUAUAUAAAGCUAUAGCGUUGCAAAGGAUAAAGAAAAAUAAGUGAUCUUGUACUUGCAAUACUUGAGGAAAUUGGACACAUAUUGUGUUUUGCUUGGCAAUAUAUUGCAGGCCUCCUCUGGCAUCAAAGUGGUACCUAAGCAAUAGUUUAGUGAAAAGUUUUGGGGGGGUUCCCACUGAAAGGCUUUGAACAUGGGUACAUUGAACUAAUAUGGUUGCUAUUUUAGAUGAAUUAUAUAUUAAAAUAUCUUUGAAGUAUAAAAAGCUUAUUUUAUUUUAGGCCAUAUUUAAAAAAUUUGUUAUAUAUAUUCAGUAAUGCAUCCUUUUAAAGCUCUAACUCAAUGGGUAUUACAAUAGUAAAAUUGCCUUCAAAACAAUCUAAAAUAUUUAAUAUAAAUAAAAUAAAAUUACACAAAAAUAUAAAGCUGGUGGACAAUACUGUACAUACAAAAAUCCAUAAGAAAUUAGUCAAACAAGCCAAAUAAGAUAAAAGAUUAAAAAAAUGCUAAAAGAGUGAAAUACUGCCAUUUUGAUCAAUUAGCAUGUAGUCAUCAGGACUUGUGAAUAUUGGUAGUAGACCCACAUUGGCACUAGAGUAAUAGGGUAAAGACUAUUAAAUAGCACAAUACUUAUCUCUUUUUUCUUUCUUUUUUGCUUUAGAAGAUUUCGUUUUUGGAAUGUUUACGAGAUACUGUGCUAGUUCUUGGUCAUUCUGCUGCAAUUUUAAUCAUUUGCCUUUACUAAUGUUUUUAAAGGGUGGCAACAAGUCUUAACUAACAUUAAAAUAAUUGUGCUACAAAUGUCUUUAUCACAUUUAAUGUUUUGUUUUAAUUUAUUUAUUAUGCAUGUUUUUUUAUCCAAAUUAUGGAGAAGAACUGAAGUAAAGAUAAUAAGUUCCUAUUUUUUAAAGCAUUAUAAUGAAAUAACAUACAACAGAUGUAAAAGAUAAACUUAUAGUGAGUAUGUAUUUAUUCUAAGUCAUCCCAUGAUGACCUGUUUUUAUGUGAUCCAGCUCCAUAGACACAUGUUGAGGACAGUCUACUGAGUAUACUCGCAUUUGUUAUUUAUGCAUAGCAUAUAUCAGCAAUUAAACAAUGUAGGACACUCCCUUUUAAAAGCCUCUUAUCCCCAAGGCUAAUUAGUGACACCUAUAAAUGACCUACUACAGUGGUCAUUCUCUGCAUAGAUUGUAGCAGGGUUACAAUUGUGAAAUUAAAUCAAAGGCAAAAGGGCCAAAAAUAAAUAACGAAAAGAUAUUGUGAAGAUUUUGUUUGCUUUUUUAACUAUGCAAAAUGAUACAUUUCAUAGGGAAUUUAAUGUUGAGUACUAGAUUCUAUUAACACCAAAAUGGCAUUGUACCCUCUUAUGUGCAGUAUGCCUGAGUAGCAGAAGGCAGCUUUUUGCUCCAUGUAUUAUGUACACCAUAUAGAAUAAAUCAUGGAGGAUUCAGGUUGCAAUAUCUAAUGUGACUGUUAGCAAACUAAACGGUAAAAAUGCUACAUUUUCUAUAAACAAGAUGAAUACAUAGAGGCCUAUUUAUCAAAUGUCUGUCGGACCUGAUCUGACAGUGCGGAUCAGGUCCGACAGACAUUGCUGAAUGUGGAGAGCAAUACGCUCUCCGUAUUCAGCAUUGCACCAGCAGCUCUUGUGAGUUUCUGGUGCAACGCCGCCCCCUGCAGACUCGCGGCCAAUCGGCCGCCAGCAGGGAGGUGUCAAUCAACCCGAUCGUACUCGAUCGGGUUGAAUUGUGGCGAUUCCUGUCCACCUGCUCAGAGCAAGCGGACAGGGUUAUGGAGCAGCGGUCUUUAGACCUCUGCUUCAUAACUGCUGUUUCUGACGAGUCUGAAAACUCGCCAGAAACACGGGCCCUCCAGCUCCAUACGGAGCUUGAUAAAUGGGCUUCAUAAAGUUCAUGUAAUUAAAAAAAACCCAGCUAUUAGUAUUAAACAAAACACAAAUAUGUUUAUGUUACUGAGUCAGCAAACUUUAUUAACUGAUCUUACCAUUAUUGUUCUCCAUUAAAAAUUAGUAGUACUGAGGAUAGUUUUAUUAACAUAUCAUGCAACUUAAAGAACACCAUGAAAAGCAUACAGAUACAUCCACUUUAUAGAGUAAAACAUGAGAUUGUAUCAUUGUUUUUACCCCCACAAGAAGAAUGCAGAGAAAAUAGGCUCGUCACCUUUUUUUAUUUUCGUGGAAACAUCUACCAUAGUAAUUUGCAUAAAUAUGUAACACCACCCACAAAAUAAAGCUGUUACUAUAGAUUUCUUUCCCAAACCUAGCGAAAUUCCAGUCAAAAGAUUUCUAUAUUUAUUCUAUAAUACUCAUAUUGGCCAUAACAGCAGAAAACAAGCUGAUGGCAAUCUUCUUUCAUGAAGCAAAUUGAUAGGGAAUAUCGGUGUUAAUGUUUCACAUGUCUACUCUUUCUGGUAAAGCAAUAAUAAUUGUGGUACCUGCGUUAUACAUUUAUAUUGACCACAACUGCAAAUAUUGUCACUGCCGCUACAAUAGAAUUUACAUUAACUUAUAUUUUUUGAUCCACAAAUGGUAUAUAUUCACUGCCCUAAACAUAAUACUUUAUAACACUGCAAAUGUAAAUAGAAAUAUGAUAUUUUCAGUAAUUUAUUUUCCCUAAAGAAUGCACUGUUUAAAUUAUU